AUGGAGUUCGAAUUUGAUCUUGAAUGGUGCUUGACAGGUGCUAAAUAUCUCACACCUAAUGAAUCUGCAAGAGUCAAUGCCAAUCCUACUGACGGGAAAGCAAUAGAUGCCCUCAUUUUAGCAAAUAAAUCAUAUAUUCAUUCAAUCAACGUUUUAAAUGAUUAUUGCAAGCCACAAAUGGCAGAAUAUCGAAAAUCAGUAGUUAAACACGAAGAUUCAGAAAUACAAAGUCAAGCAUUAGACAAACUUUAUUCAAAGUACUUGAUAGAAUUUAAGAAGCACAAAAUGCCAUUGAAGUAA